UUCAUUUCUCUUUGAUACCACACAUAUAAAAUUUUCAGAACUAUAUAUUUGACUGCGAAAUUUGAUAUGGGUUUUUCCUGGGCUAUGUUCUCUCGUGUUUUGUUUCUUGUUCUUCUUCUUACAUUUUAUAGCUCGGGAGCAGAAGUUGUCACCGUUGAUGUUCAUGCAACUAAGGAUCCUAUCAAUUCUGGCCACAAAUAUCUGGAUGUUAGCUUGGGAGCAGAAGUUGUCACCGUUGAUGUUCAUGCAUCUAAGGAUCUUAUCAAUUCUGGCCACAAAUAUCUAGAUGUUAGGACUGUGGAAGAAUUCAAGAAAGGGCAUGUGGGUGCAGACAAGAUCUUGAAUAUUCCUUACUUGUUCAAUACACCAGAAGGUAGGGUGAAAAAUCCUCAGUUCUUAAGCGAGGUUUCGUCUGUUUGCAACAAAGAGGACCAAAUUAUUGUGGGUUGUCAAAGUGGGGUCAGAUCCUUCUCUGCAACUGCUGAUCUUCUUAGCGCUGUAAGUCUUACGAAAAUUAAAUUGAUUGUAUAUAUCUUUCAAUUAUUAGCUGGUCAGAUUUCAUGCUUAAUUAAUAAAAAAGCUUCUUGAACAUCAUAAUUUCCGCAACAAUUUUAAGAAUUUCUUCAUAUUUUUUUACAAUUUCUUCAUCAUAUUUUGUUAACUGAACAAUUAAAGAGAAAACUGAGGGGGGGUAAAAGAAAGGGUAAUUAAAAAAAAAAAAAAAAAAACUUGCUGUAGUAAAUGAGAUGGCAGGGUUUCAAGCAUGCAAGCAACAUGGGAGGAGGCUAUCUCGCCUGGGUGGAGAAUGGGUUUCUUGUGCAAAAGCCACACGCUGAGCUGUGAGCUCUAUAAUUGUAUAAAACAACCAUAAUUUGCAGCCACGAGCAAAACAUUGUAGAAUAUGUACUUUUUUUUAGAGAAUAAUUUAUGAGAUAUGUAUUUAAUUUUUUUUAGUAAA